AUGGGAAUUCGAAGGAGCCUCUCCAGAUUUGUUCCCUUCAUCGCGUACCACCACGUUCUAAUGGGUGUCUGCACAGUUGCGAUUAUCCUUUUAUCUGUUCUCCUCGCUGGAUGUACAUCCUCCAAUGGCAUGAACAAUAUCUAUCUUGUUUCGCUCAAGUACAGAAAUGCCAGUACCUCAGCCCCUAGUGACCCCUCAUUCAUAAACCCCAGCAUUGCACAAAAGGUCUACAACAUAUCGCAGCCCCGUAAUACUACGAUUCAAGAAGUGCGGGCGGGAUACAUGGGACUCUGCUUGACUCGGAGUGACGGCGCGCAAUUGUGCUCCAGCAGUGCUGCAGCAUUAGCUAGCAUGGUCAAAGAUCAAGGAAUGCAAGGUAGUAAUGACACCGCUGAUCCGCUGAACCUUAUUUGGAUUGCGAACAAAUUUAAAGAAACAAUUGUUUUUGAUGGCUUGAUAUUCAUUGCUGUCGCCGUCACCUUUAUUUGUUUCCUCGCGUUAGCAACAUUCCCUGGAUGGCAUGAGGAAGUUGAUGAGGACGGCUCAGAACGCGAAGUCAAGCCCUUCCCCUCACGGCCGGUGUCACAAGUAGCAUUAGGCUUGAGUUCAUUAGGGUUCAUAUUCGCCUUAAUCUCAAUCCUUUGGCAGCACAUCAAUAGCAGUGCUGCGGGAACCAUGUCGGAGAGUCUCACGUAUGGAGCCAUCGAGAGCCAUGUUGGGACUGCGGCGAUGAUACUAGGGUGGGCUGCUGUAGUCUGCCUCGGUGUUGUUGCUCUCGCCUUGCUGGUUAUGAUUAUGAGUAUUAGUCUCCUCCGUAAAUUGACGGACGAGGACUAG